AUGGCGACAUCAAAAGCAUGGUUGCAUAUCGGACUAGCUGUGCGCAUGGCACAAACCCUGCGCAUGCGAAAUGAAUACAGUGGACGGCAUAUACCACGCAAACGCGAGAUUCGGAGACGAACAUUCUGGGCCUGCAUCAUCUUUGAUCGCCUCGUUGCAUACUGCACAUUUCGAACGCAAACUAUUGACUUAGCACUAGUCGGUCUACAUCUUCCCUGCAGCGAUAUCACCUUUGCCUUUGGACACGACUGCCCAGGCCCCAAGGUUCAUGAGCUCGGGUCUCAGCUCGAUCAAGAUGAUGGAAAGUCGACUCUUUCUUAUUUCGUCAAAACAUUUCUUCUCUGGUCACCCAUCGCACAAGCGUAUGUCGAUGGAGGCCGCCGAGUUUCUCCAUCUUCUCUUUACGACCCUUCAAGCAAACACUGGCAGAACCAGGCAGCUAUCAAGAGCUGGCUGGAGGGCUUACCGGAAGAUUUAAAGUGGUCUGAAAAUAAUUUAAAAGCCUACCAGUCCCUUGGAAAGCUGUCGCAUUUCACGAGCAUGCACUUCCUGACUCAACACGCCUUAUUCUUGGCACAUCAUGAGCAUCUUCCGCAGCUCGAAGAUUUACCUUCUGACACUUCAAGUACUGCGAUAGUAUCCGAUGAGACCAAUCCAGACACAAUCGCGAUUUGUAUGGCCGGUGCCAACUGCGUCAUCAAUAUGCUACAGCUGAUCGAUGCGGUCGUGCCAGAAUUUCGAAGCACACCGCCAGGCAUUUGCAGUAUAAUACCAAUAGUGACCACCGCAAGUGUGCUGCUAUGGUUUCAAUAUCUGAGUCCGCUUGCGUCUAGCUUCGUGCAGUCCUCACAAAGUGAUGUUCACCGGGCCAGGUCAGAUGUUGAUUAUUUGCUUUCACUGUUGGAUGGCUGGUCCAGGAGUUGGGUUUUAGCAAAAGCUUUUGCAAGUUCGAUCAGGCUAUUGGAGGAUUAUUAUCAGUCAAAGUAUGGACGUGCGAUAUGCGACCUCGCAGCCCCCAACAUGCACACAUCACACAACCAGUCAUCAAGAGAUCCAGUAAAUGGUACAGAGUCAGUGGCAGCAUCUCCAACUCCGCUCUGCGAUGGAGACGGAUUCCCGGAGAUUACCGGAAUCCCCCAGGCAACUUACUAUAAAGUCCGACUCAUUACUGGUUUGGUUUUAGAGCAACCCGAGCUGUGCAAGAAAUUUCUCCACAUCUUUGGAGACCAUGGGGUAGAGUCUACUGAACAGGAAUUUCAUUCUUGGGACAAUGAUAUUGAUUUUUCUUGGAUAAACGAUAUGGAUUUGCUAGCUGACUCUCCGUUUUGGCCAGAUUCUGCGCUACAGUUAGAACAAUAA